GUAAAUGGGAUUUAGUUAGUUUGUUAGCGACUCUCGUUGCAGAUGGCGGGCCUGGCUGUACGUUAAUUGUUGCUGUUUGGUUUGCCGUUCAAGCUGAUAGUUAAAAUUUAUCAGUGAAGUGAAUUAUCGAAAAUAAACAAACCAACCGUUUGCUAAUUAUUUGAAAUGUCGCUGCCACUUCAGAGAGUUGCAUGCAUAGUCCUAGCAUUUAUCAACGUAUUUUACCCGCUAAGUGUAACGUCGGCACCAAAUGAUGAAAUAAAAAAUGUUUUAAUACUUUUAGCCGAUGAUGCAGGCUUCGAGUCGGGCGCAUACCUUAAUAAAUUCUGUCAAACACCUAAUUUGGAUGCAUUGGCAGCGCGUGGCUUGCUCUUCAAUAACGCCUUCACUUCGGUGAGCAGCUGUUCGCCUAGUCGCGCACAACUCUUAACUGGGCAGGCUAGCCACAGCAAUGGUAUGUAUGGACUUCACCAAGGCGUGCAUAAUUUCAAUGUGCUACCUGGCAUCUCGUCGUUGCCAAAUGUGUUGCGCGAAAAGUCAGAUGGUCGCAUUCUCAGCGGCAUCAUAGGCAAGAAACAUGUUGGCCCUGGUCCGAACUUUCGCUUCGACUUCGAGCAGACAGAGGAGCAACACUCCAUCAAUCAGAUUGGCCGCAAUAUAACCAACAUACGGCACUAUGCACGACAGUUCUUCGCCAAAGCAAAAGAGGAAGCACGUCCAUUCUUCUUGCUAGUAGCAUUUCACGAUCCGCAUCGUUGUGGCCACAUAACACCGCAGUAUGGUGAAUUCUGUGAACGUUGGGGUUCCGGCGAGGAAGGAAUGGGUAUAAUACCAGAUUGGAAACCGAUUUAUUAUGACUGGCGCAAUUUGGAAGUGCCGCCACAUUUACCUGACACCGACGUGGUGCGUCAGGAAUUGGCUGCACAAUAUAUGACAACCUCCCGUUUGGAUCAAGGUGUAGGCGUAGUGUUACAAGAGCUCGCUGCACAGUCAUUUAAUACGAAUACUUUAAUCAUCUACACAUCAGACAAUGGGCCACCAUUUCCAGGUGGACGUACGAAUCUCUACGAACGCGGCGUGCGUGAGCCAAUGAUUAUCACGGCGCCCACACCAAAGGCACGUCAUCAUGAGACCACUGCUGCCAUGUCAAGCCUUCUGGACAUCUUCGACACAGUCUUGGAUGUCUUCCACUACUACACGCCCAAUAUGAAUGAAUCCAACAGUGAUAGCACCAAGUCUCUGCUGCCAAUACUCUUCGAAGAACCUAAGCCCGUCGAGAGUGAUGCAAUAUUCGGAAGUCAAAAUUUCCAUGAGGUUACCAUGAACUAUCCAAUGCGUAUGAUUCGUACGCGUCGUUACAAACUGAUACACAAUCUAAACUUUUGGUCAUACUUCCCCAUCGAUCAAGAUCUCUACACAUCGCCUACGUUCCAGCAGCUUUUGAAUGCAACGAUAGCCAAACAACAAUUUCCAUGGUAUAAGACGUUGCUCGCCUACUAUGAACGACCCGAAUGGGAGCUGUACGACAUUAAGGCCGAUUUAUUGGAACGUUACAAUUUAAUAGGUAAAGCAAAGUAUCAGCAUGUAUUCGAGGAGCUGAGCACACGUUUGUUCAAAUGGCAAGUGAAGACAGGCGAUCCAUGGCGUUGUGCACCGCAUGCGGUUUUAGAGGCGCAGGGCAUGUACAAAAAUAGUCCAGCGUGCCUAACGCUGGGUCAUGAGGCGCUACGACGCCCACUGACGCUCUACGACAAGUAUGAGUUGUUGUAAUAUCAUACAUAGUAUUUAUAGUAAUAUUUAUACAAAUAUAAUGAGGAAUUAUUUUUUUUGUAAUUCUAAUAAUUAGAAGAAUAAGAAUAACUGUUGUAUGCAGAGGUGGACAACUAAGAAGAGUACAUUACAUUUUUAGGAAUUGUAUUACAAUAUAUGAAAUAAAAUAUAAA